ACUUCAGAGAGCUGGUGUGGCAGGCAGCGGCGAGAUGGGGCUCGGGUGAGCGCGAGAACCGGCGCAAAGCAAGCCAGGAAAGGGUGAGGAGACCCCGGCCUGCCGACCACCUGUUCCUCCUGGGAGUGCGGCGCGCGUUGAUUGGCUGGAGUGCAGCCCGGGUACCGGAAGUGGCCGAUGCCCGUAGCCAGUGAAACCCAGACAACAGCUGCGGGUUCUGAGGCAGCGGGCGGAGCAGCGCGGGGAGCCCGAGAGGAGCGCGUGUGGGGCGGUAGCUGCCUGAGAUUGUGAGAUGGGGACUGAGAACAAGGAGGUAAUUCCCAAGGAAGAAAUUUCUGAAGAAUCUGAACCACAUGGGGCAAUAUUAGAAGAACUUCCAAAGGUGGUUUAUCAGGGUCACGAGUUUGGAGCAGCAUGUGAAGAAGACAUACUGGAGGAGCAUUCCAGAGAGUCCACAGAAGAGAUUCUGGAGCAGGUGUCUCCUGAGGAGAGAGACUUUGCAUCAGGGUUGAUUAUCUUUAAGAAAUCACCCUCAAGUGAGAAAGACCAUGAGAAUAAUGAAAGUGGGAGAGUCUACAGUCCUAGCUCAAACCUGAUCACAUAUCAGGGAGAUACUACGGCAGAGGCAGUUAGCACAUUUGCUGCUUCUGGCCAAAACUUCAUAGAGAAUUUAGGACCUAAUAAAACAUAUAGAAGUCCUCUGGGAGAAAAGCCUCAUACAUGUAAAGAAUGUGGGAAAGCCUUUAAUCAGAACUCACAUCUUAUUCAGCAUAUGAGAGUUCAUAGUGGAGAGAAACCCUUUGAAUGCAAAGAAUGUGGAAAAACAUUUGGAACUAACUCAAGCCUUCGAAGGCACCUGAGAAUUCAUGCUGGAGAGAAGCCCUUUGCUUGUAAUGAAUGUGGAAAGGCCUUCAUUCAGAGUUCCCAUCUCAUCCACCAUCACAGAAUUCACACUGGAGAGAGACCUUAUAAAUGUGAAGAAUGUGGUAAAGCCUUCAGUCAGAAUUCAGCCCUUAUUCUACAUCAGAGAAUCCACACUGGGGAGAAACCAUAUGAAUGUAAUGAAUGUGGGAAGACCUUUAGGGUUAGCUCACAGCUUAUUCAGCAUCAGAGAAUUCAUACUGAAGAAAGAUACCAUGAAUGCAAUGAGUGUGGCAAAGCCUUCAAGCAUAGCUCAGGCCUCAUUAGACACCAGAAAAUUCAUACUGGAGAAAAACCCUAUCUGUGUAAUGAAUGUGGGAAAGGCUUUGGUCAGAGUUCUGAGCUCAUCCGGCAUCAAAGAAUUCAUACAGGAGACAAACCAUAUGAAUGUAAUGAAUGUGGGAAAACUUUUGGCCAGAACUCAGAGAUUAUUAGACAUAUUAGAAUUCAUACUGGUGAGAAGCCCUAUGUAUGUAAGGAAUGUGGGAAGGCCUUUAGGGGAAACUCAGAACUUCUUAGACAUGAGAGAAUUCACACUGGAGAGAAACCCUAUGAAUGCUUUGAGUGUGGAAAGGCUUUUAGGCGGACCUCUCACCUUAUUGUCCACCAGAGAAUUCAUACUGGAGAGAAACCUCAUCAAUGUAAUGAAUGUGCCAGAACCUUUUGGGAUAACUCUGAGCUGCUUCUCCACCAGAAAAUUCACAUUGGAGAGAAACCUUAUGAAUGUAAUGAGUGUGAGAAAACAUUCAGCCAGCAUUCCCAACUUAUCAUACAUCAGAGAAUUCACACUGGAGAGAAGCCUUACGAGUGCCAAGAAUGUCAGAAGACCUUUAGUCGGAGUUCUCACCUCCUCCGACAUCAAAGUGUUCACUGUAUGGAAUGAUCUGCAAAACAUGAAAGCCUUCUGUGGAAAAGCUGAAGUCAGACUUACUGUUCUCAGUCUGUACCCCAGGUUCUCAGAUCAAAUGAAUGGACAGAACCUCCUCUGUCCUUUUACUGAUUUUUAUUUAAACAGUUGGUCAAAAAGGAUGAGGCACUUUUAUGAACUAUUCAUUGAGAAGUUUCAGUGUACUGAGUUAAAUCAUAAAAGCUGUUUCAGGC